AUGCGUAACUUUAACACCGUUAGUUUGUGUUUAUUCAAAUUUUUUAAAUUUAGCAUCAAUUUAUUCUUGUUUCUAGUUCCAGCACCUCAGCAUUUAUCACUUGAAAAACAGCUGAAUAAAAGUGUUUUAAUUGGAUGGGCAGCUCCAGAUCCUCCAGGGAAUCAGAUAAUUGAAAGCUAUCACGUAUAUGUUGAUGGCGUGCUCAAGGUUACAGUAAAAGCAAACGAAAGGACCCGUGCAUUAGUUGAAGGAGUCGAUUUAAAUAGGCCACAUCGUAUAAGUGUUAGAAGUGUAACACACGAUCGACACACAUCACGCGAUGCCGCUUGUACUAUGAUUAUUGGUCGCGAUACAGCACAUUUAGGACCCUCCGCUGUUAGAGCUUCUAACAUAACUUGUUCAUCAGCAAUCAUUGCCUGGCUUCCUGCCAACACAAAUCAUCAACAUGUCGUUUGUGUAAACAAUGUAGAAGUAAAAUUAGUCAAGCCUGGUGUUUAUCGUCAAACCAUAACAGUCAACGCAAUGAAACUACAAAACAUUUGUGCAGCGAUUCCAGAAAUAAUUGUCACAGAUGAACAA